AGCGUUGUAAUGAAAAGUUAGAACAAUGUCUGGUCGCAGUGAAAACGGAGGUGACAAUCCUGAGGAUCGUCCUCAUGAGUUUCUUGUGAGAGAUCCCUCGGUAACCGGCAGGAGUUCAUUCCGUAAGAGGGGUGGUAUUUUAAACCCAAUCGUUAAAAUCGGAGAGAACAACCUCGCCGACAUAGAGGAACCAGAUGUAGCCAGCAUUGUGGACAACCUACGACGCCGCUACCUCAACAAUGCUUUCUACACCUACAUCGGAGAUGUCCUGGUCUACAUGCCCCCCUUCUCUGGUAUUUCCAUGUACACCAACGAAGAUGUCCAGUAUUACUGUGAAAACAACGCUUUUGAUCCCGACUUGAAGCCUCAUAUUUACUCUUUUGCUGAUCGGGUGUAUUCUAACAUGUUGUUUUGGAAGAGGAACCAAGUAGUGAUAAUGUCUGGAUCCAGUGGUAGUGGCAAGACUAUCAAUACUAAACAGUUCCUAAGUUACAUACAAUCAGUAUCAGGAGGAUGGGAUCUCUCAGUGACUCUAAAAACAAGACUGGCUCAUCUGUUUAACGUCCUCGACUGUUUCGGAUCAGCGCAGACUUCAGAUAGUAUAUACGCUAGUAAAUACACGAGUCAGCUCCAACUCAAGUUCAACUAUUUCGGUGAUAUCGUUUCUUGCCAACUCAAAACUUGUCUACUAGAAAAGAGUAGAGUGUGCGGGCCUCCCCCAGGAGAAAGCAACUUCCACAUAUUUCACUUGCUAAUGGAACACAUUGGGAGUGACGGUGCAGCGUACCCCUACCUCAGCAACACUAAUCACACCUUCGCUCUCAAAGUCACUCUACCCUCAAUCCAGGACAGUUUAGUAGCUCUAGGAAUGCCGGAGGGAGAGAAGGAACACGUGAUCAACAUUCUGACUGCAAUACUGAUACUGGGACAGAUCCAGUACAAGACGGAGAAUGAUGGGAUUGGGGUCAGGGUUACCAACCCUGGUGUUGUUAAAGUGAUAGCCAAGUUGCUGGGAGUAACCAACUCGUCCAUGACGGAUAUGUUAACCAGCACACCUCAUAUCAGCGGAAACAGGAGUAUCAUGAUGAACCCCCUAUCUUACGACAAGGCGAUCUCAAAACGGAACUCACUGGCCAGUUACCUGUACCUGCGGCUCUUUAACGAGGUAUUGAUGAGUGCUAACAAGAGUUUGGCAGGGGAGGCUCCCGAGAAGUCUGAUGAUCUUAAUCUUACUCUCGACAUUGUGGACGGUUACGGCAUCAAAGGUGGUGAUCUGAACAAUUUCGCGGUGCUGUGCUGCAACUUCAGCAAUGAGAAACUGCACCAGUGCUUUAUUGAGAGCGCCCUGACAGCGCCCCAGGAACUGUAUUUGCAGGAGGGACUAGACUGGGAUCCUAUCAGGAUACCUGAUAACCGGGGAACUAUUGGUCUCUUCACUGAUGUCCAACCUGCCAGUCUUAUGGAGUGUAUUGAGAACGAGUGUAACAAGCCAGGAGACACAACUAACUUCCAGGCGGAUGAGGCGUUUGGUGGAAUCUCCUCUCCUUACUUCAUGUUGUCCCAUGAAGUAGAAAAUGAGUUUAUUGUACGACACUACAUAGGCGAGGUAUCAUACGAUGCGACCAAUUUCCACAAGAUGGCUAAAACUGGACUACCCAAGGAUUGUAAGAGAGUAAUGAACAGCAGCAAGUUGGCACUUCUCCAAAGAAUGUUCCCUGAUGGUGCACAGUCCGAGUGGAUGAAGGGUAAAAGUUCCAUGUGUGUUUCACAAGUAUACGUGGGUGCGAUCGACAAUCUGCUAAAAGACCUGAAGAAUAAGUUCCUGUCCUUUGUGCGCUGUGUUAAACCUAAUCUCUCUUCCACUCCUCAACUCUUUGAAGAUGACUUUGUUGAAGAUCAAGUUCGGAGCUCAUGCCUAGUGGAGACAGCGUUAAUCAAGCAGCGAGGAUUUGCAUUCAGUUCGGAUCUGGUCGGGUUUGUUCAGCGUUACAAAUGUACACAUGAAGAAGACAGGUUCAGAAGAUGUGAUGGAGAUUGGCAAAUGGCUGCUGAUAGAAUAUGUGGCAAUCUGCAGAUCGACAUGGAUCUGUACUUCGUAGGCUUCACUUGUAUCUUCAUUAAAGACUCUGCUACAGUCCUCUACCUCGAGAAGAAACGUGACGAGUGUAUCGACUUUAUAGUUACUAAAAUACAGCUGUGUUGGAAGCGCCGGUACAUAAACAGAAAGCUAGGACCUCACUUGAGAGCCUUGAGGGAGACACUCGCUCAAGCGGAUAAAACUAAGAAGAUACUCCUGCCCAAGAUGAAAGGGCCGUUUAGUGAGGACAUUAACGAUUACUUGGACCGUAUCUACAGAUGCUGGUGGGCGUCAUGUUUGAUAAAGACUCUAAAGAAAUCAGACAGGAAUAUCGUGAGGAUAGCGAUUAUAGCACACUCUGCUUUCGCUGGUGAAUUCAGCGUGGAGCCUGAUCUAGUUAAAUCAGGGAAGCCUAUGAAUAUACACUGUCUGAGAAUGAGAUCAAACUACGUAGCAUCAGACCAGUUUGACGCUGCAACUCUCCUCUCCACAACUAACGACAGAUCAACCCAUGGUAAAAAGAUCCUAUUCACUGCUCCAAUCAACCGACUAAACAGAAAACAUGUUGUAGAAAGAGGAUACGUGAUCCUUACAGACAAGGCCUUGAUAUUCCUGACUAAUCAAGUUCGAUUGUAA